AUGGAUUUUACGCUGCUUUGUAACCUCGGAGGUCCUCGCAAUGCCAGCGUUCCUUUGCGGCUCCGCCUGUUGCAUGUGUGGCCGGCGAAGUCCCCGGGGGACAUUAGGAUCUACAAUUACUGCACUCUUUGGGUCGACGAAACAGGUAUGCUGAUACAAGGCGUCUCACCAACUUUGAUGGCUAUCGGGUUUCGCCGUAAUCUCUCACCCUGUGUUUUGCCUGCUGAAAGUUUCCCACUUGAUGCUUACGAGUUUGUGGCUUUCUCUCAGUUGAAUUUGCGUGCCGAUGAGAUUUUGCAAGAUGAAGUAAACGGUUGGGCGUUGAUUGAUCUACUAUUCAUACGGAUGGUGUGGACAACACCAGGGGUUUGGAGUUCCAAAAAGAGUCGCUGGAAUUUGGGCGAGUUUAUGUUUUUGCCUUUUGCAGAUGAUCAUCUGAUAGAUUAUCUUUGUCCCUACUGGGCUGCUUUGGUCUGGUAUUGUUUGAUUUUAUUCAGAUACUACAGACUCUCCGAGGAAGGGAAGUACCCGAGCUCUGCAUCAGAUUUUAUUCGUUUUAGCUGCGAGACUACCUUUGGAGUAGAUGAAGGUGUCGAGUUUACUUUCAUUGAGGCGGAUUGGAGGUCGAAUUUAAGCAUAAAGGUAGCAAUAGCAGGGGACCGACUGGUUAGUAUGCACGAACUACUGUUGGGGUUGUCAAUGGAUUUGAGGUGCACAGAGGGUUCGGAGGAAUCCAAAUCUGCAGAUUUAUGUUUAAGGUUUAAGGUGAUCUUUGCGUUGGUCGCAGGGUAUCUUUGA